AUGGCGUCGUUUAGCGCGAAGAAGGGCUCGAGCGAUGAUUCGGCGAACGAGGCGGCGGCGGCUGUUCGAAUCGUCAAAGACGUCGCCGACGUCGCGAGACGCGGGAUGGAGCUUCGCCCGGACGAGUGGUGGCCGAGACAGAUCGCGGCGGUGCUCUGGGCGUGUGGGAAGGUGAAUUCGAGGGAUCGUGAGGUGGAGGCGGCGUGCGAGCGGUUGUGCGAGCGCCGGAACCGGCCGUGGAAGCCGCAGGAGCUGUCGAACGCGUUUUGGGGAUUGGCGAAGGUGAAUAGCGACGCGAUCGAACUGUUUCGAUUUUUAGGGGAGCGCAUUCGCGUGUCGUUGCUCACGGAUGUGGGUACGGAUCAUCGGACGGGAUGGACGGCGCAGGGCGUGAGCAACGCGGCGUGGAGCUUGGGCGCGCUUGCGACGGAGACGCGAAUCGGGAUGUUCGAGGAGAGCGCGCUCGGUGGAGAACUCGUGCGGGAACUCGCGAGGGCGAUCGAGGAGCGAAUAGAAUUGUUCAAUCCUCAGGAGUGCGCGAACACGUUGUCGGGCUUGGCAAAGUGCGCAGCGAGCGCAUCAGAGGAUGCGCCACGCGGUGCAAAGGCGUUCGCCGGGCGACUGAAGCGCGAUCGUUCGUGGCUUUCGGGCGGUCAGUUUCAGUGUCAGCACGUCUCCAACGUCAUUUGGGCUUGCGCAAAGUUAAAUAUGAGUGACGAUGCGGUGUUGGUGGACGUGUUGGUGGAAGCUGCGGACACGUAUGCAACAAAAUUCAACGCGCAAGAGUUGUCCACUGUACUCUGGGGACUCGCCACGUUAGCGGUGUCGAACCACAAAAUCAUGCAGACCCUGGCAAAAUGCAUGGCGCGGAAAGUCGAAGAAUCGUCGGCGCAGCAGAUGGCGACGUCGGCGCACGCUAUGGCAAAGCUAGGCGUAUACAACUCGCAGCUCAUGAAGGCGUAUCGAGAAAGUGCCGCGCUUCGCCGAGAGCAGUUUCAGCCUCGAGAUAUCGCGUUCUUGACUUGGUCGUUCGCCAAACUUGAGGUUCAUGCAUCGGAAAUGUUUAAAAUGCUCAGUGAAGUGAUUUGCGAUAUGCUGUACGAUGUUGAGUUUCAGACGUUUACGCCGCAUCAUUUGACGAUGGUGCUAUGGUCCUUUGCAAUGCUCAAAGAGGACGUCACAGAGAUCUUGCCAUCUGUGACGCGCGCAAUAAAAUCGAUGAUCGAUGAAUUCAAUCCGCGCGAUCUCACAAACACUGCUUGGGCGCUCGCAGAGUUGGGUUGCGAUGACGAGGAACUCAUCAAAGCGCUUGGUACGAGCGCAAAGUCAAAACUGAGUGAAUUCAAUUCACAAGAGCUUUUGAAGUUUCUUGGUUCCCACGAUCGCCUGGGAGUUGAUAACGAGUCUUUAGUUGAAGCGGUCUCGUCGCAGCGCACAUUGACGUACGAGUUUCCGGCGUUGAAAUCUUCGGUUGAACUCGUCGCGGCGACACCGCAGAGUUAUAAGGGAACGGAUCGCGUCCGCGUGGAUGAUAGCUGCGGUGGUUGGGGACGAGGCAACACCGGGGUUGCUCUUUGGGAAGGAAGUUUCGUCUUAGCAGAGUGGCUAUCGAGGCAGCGAACACCACUGCAGACAGAGACGGUGGCUAAAACUCUCGAUGGCGCAUGGGCCGACGAUUGGAAAGGCAAAGUUUGCGUUGAGCUUGGCGCCGGCUUAGGCUUACCUUCGAUCAUUGGUUCGCGUCUUGGCGCACGGGUGAUCGCAACGGAUGGUGACGAUGAAGUCUUGAAGCUUUUGCGCCAAAAUAUCGAGACAAAUGCAUCGGAGGAUGCGCGCGUUGAGAAGCUAAUAUGGGGAUCCGAUAAAGCGCUCAAAUCGCUCGGUCUUGAGAAGUGCCCCGAUUUAGUCGUGGCGAGCGAUGUCGUGUACGGUAACGACCCUGUGAAGUGGGCGAAUCUCGUGCAGACGAUGCGUGACUUGUCUGGGCCAAAAACCUUGUUGUUGAUUGCCAACGUUCAGCGGUAUCCACUGCAUCACCCGCUAGCGGAGACAAGGUUUUACACCGAAGCGACCGCAGAGUACUUUGAUCGGGUUGAGCUACCAGUAAAUGCUCUGCAUCCCGAUUUUAGGCGUACCGGCGCUGGAAAUUGCGUCAUUCACGUCUUCCGCCCGCGUUUCUCAGACAAAAAGCGGAAAGCGGACAGCUCCGAGAGUUUGAAGCAGGACGAGAAUGAUGUGAAGGGAAGGAAAGAUAAAAAGAAAAAGGCUAAGAAGGAGAAGAAGGAGAAGAAGGAGAAGAAGGAGAAGAAGGAACGAAAAUAG